CUUUUCCUCGUUUUCGCAGAGCGGAUCCCCCCAAGAGAAGUGGAAUAGCCGCGACUCCCCGCGGUGACGCAUCUGCUGUCUUCACCCGACUGCGUCUGGCCCAUGCGAAGAGUCUUCUUGCUCCACUCCAGACCUUCUCAACAGAGCGUUAUCUUCUAAACGAAGGACUGGACAAGAAAGCUCUUCCUCCGGCGCCUUUUUCCUGGACGGCGGAGUCCAUCCCACGGUGCCGUUGCCGAGCCUCUGCAUCUAUAUUGGCUUCCCCUGUGGUUCUUCUGUGUUGUUCCACGCAAACCGAGGUCCAGGAGCGACUCUUCCUCAACUCUGGACGCACCUUGACUCCUCCAUGCGUCCGUAGAGAUUCUGGAGAGGCAACGGACUGAGUUUCCUUCUCCAGGACCGAGGAAACGCAGCGAGUCUGCGUAGACGCUUCUCUCUCUCUCUUUCUCUCUCGCGGGGACUUGCUCCGGAAGUUUAAGAAACAGACUCGCGCAACUCGAGAACUCACAGGAAAGAACGAUGGUGAGGACGUCUAUCGCUGAGGCUCCCCAGUGGGGCCUUCGAUGGAUGGCCUCCUGUCCCCGUCUUCCUCGAUCCCUCCACGGGCAACCUUGCACUCUCUUCGUUUCGUCUCGCCUCUCGCUCUCCAUCUUUUCACCUCUCUCUUCUUCUUUCUCCUCUCUCUGGUGCUUUCUCUCGGAUCAGACUCGACGCUCCCCGUCCGUCGCCCAGCCUUCGUCCUCCCUCCUCCCUGCUUCUCCCCUCCUCCCUGCUUCGUCUCCUUCUCUUUCUUCCUGUCGCCUCUGCACUGCCUCAGCGGCCUGCCUCGCUGCUCGUCCUUCCCCCCGCUCCUCGCAGUCUUCUCGACGUUCUUCGCCGUCUGCCCGUCCGGUCUCUACCUUCUCUUCUUCAGCGUCUAACUGCUCUGUUUCGCGGCCUGCGCCGACGGCUUCCUUCGCCUCCGCAGGCGUCUCCAGUGUCUGCCGCGAGUGCCUCCGCCCAGCGCGUUGGCCGCGGGGAUCGCGGCUCUUCUCUUCGUCGGCGCCCUCUGCCGAGGCGUUCGCGACUCUCCUUCGGGAUCCGAGUCCGCUGUCGCUCGAGACAGUUCUGCAGAUUCUCGACUUUCGCUUGAAAGAGAAACAGUUUGUCUCCUUCGCUCACGAGCACGAGCACAACCACCCUGCUGCGAGCGUCGGCAUGUCCCCUGGCGAGUUCGUCGUCGCCUUGAACCGCGUCGCUGCAUGCGUAGUCUCCCGAGAAGCGAGGACGGAGCGAGAAGCAGGCGAGGUCGAGGCCGCGGCGCAGAGUCUGCCGGGCCAAGACAGUGUGUGGCGAGACAUCCGCUUCCAAAGGUUUCUCGCGCGACUGAAAAAAAGACUUCUCGCGUUCAAACCUGGCGAUCUGCAUCGAACACUCGUCGCCUUCAGCCGACUCAAGUAUUGCCCCGAUGACCUUCUUUCCUCCAUUCUUCGUCUCCUCGACUCUCCGCCGUCUGCGUCCGUCUCCGACGAUCAGCAUCAAGAGGGGUCGCCGGACGGCUUUGCUGCUCUGUCUCCGCAGCAGCUCUCUCAGCUUCCUGUUCUGCUCUGUCCCCUCUCUCACGGCGCCUCUCGGGAGGUCCUCCAGGAAUUCCUGCGGUCGUACUGUCGCUUCCUUUCUUCUUCUCCGCCUUCGUCUGUUUCGGUUCCGGCAGGAACCAAAGGAACUGGCCAGGAGUUGACGUCUCCGCCGCCUGCCCGCGUCGACGCAUGUUCGCUGCAGGAGCUGAGUUUCAUUGUUCUGGGUCUAUCGACUCUGGGAUUUCGAGACCUGCCGUUUCUCGGUCUGCUGGCGCAUGCAGUACAGACCAAAGUCGCGACGCAUCCGCUCUUUCUCCAGCUGUCUCGCGACUCUUCCAAGUCGCGAGGGACUCUUGGUGACGUCACCCACAGUGUUUCGCUUACCACUGCCCUCCUCAGUUUCGCUACGCUCGGCGUCGUCCAUCCGCGCCUCUAUCAGGAGAUCUUCCGUGCUCUCAGAGGGGCUUUGCAUUGCCUUCCUCCCUCUCAACUUGCGAACCUCACGUUGGCUCUCGCGACGCUCACGCGCGAACCUGCAAAUCCCUUUCCUCUCACCUUUCUCUCUGCUCUGGAGGAUGUCGUGGCGGAGCGAUGCAUGCUGAUGGACGGCGAGGACGCGCUCACGACUGCUUGGGCUGGGUGCGCGUUGAAUCUUCACCAGGGAAACGCGACUCUCUUUCGUCGGCUUCUCUCACAGUGCGUUCUUUCGCUGGCGUCAGCAGAGCGACAAGGAGAUACGUCGGCCGCGCUGUCGAAACAGCAGAAGCAGCAACUUGCGCAGAUCCGACUCGACUUGCUUCUCAAUCCUUCGCCGAAAACGCAAAAGCUCAGAGAGGAACUGGAAAAGGACAAGCCUUUGUGGGAGGGGCUCCACGAGUUGUAUGCGGACGGCCGAGAGACAGAAGCCGCGUUUGAAGAGGACGAGACAGGCGAAGACCUCGACGCCAUUCCCCAUGCAGUUCGCGACGCCGAAGAAGAAGUUUUUCAGCUUCUGAAACUGCAUCCGGAGGUGACGGCUGCGGCUCUGCGCGGACGACUCGCCGUCGAAACGGAGACAGCAGAGACACCCUCGGGAGACGCUGCAGCGCGUCGCUCUGCGCACCCAGCUGCUGGGCCAGACGAAGACGAGCGAGGCGGCGAACUUCUGGAGAGAGAUGCGCGCCUCUGCGGCUUCUACAGGUGCCCGGUCUUGCUCAGAGAGAAGGCUUCCGCGUCUCGCGAGGAGAAGCUUCUCUCUUCCACGGGCGGCGUCGCGGUGCUCGUCGACUUCACUACUUUUCCAGACUUCGCUGAGCCUUCAGACCUCUUUCUAGCCUUGAAACAUCGGCACUUGCGCCUCGCAGGAUACACGCUGCUCGUCAUUCGCUUGUCGCAGUGGCAAGCCCUCGAUACUGUGACGGAAAAGCGAGAAUACAUCGUCUCUCGUCUCCUGCCUUAAUGUGUGGUUUCUUCUCUCUUCCAAUGAUGUCACUUUCUCCCUUUAUCUUCAUCGUGUUCUGAAUCAUAAUCGUCAUACGGGGAUUCGUCUGCUGCUCACUGCCCUUCCCCUCCUUCGAGGGUCCUUUGCUUUUUUCUUCUGCUUCUUCGAGAUGUCUUUCCUCGACUUCUUCUUCUGUUCCUUCGUCGCCUUCUUCUCCUUCGUUCUUUUUGCUUCUUCCUUGUCUUUCUCCCUUCUCUCCCCUUCGCGUCCUUCAAUGCGGACUCAAACCAGCGCCAGACACAGGUGCAAGGUCCCGCUCUCCUUUUUUCGCAUGCAGCCUUCGCAUGCCUCGCCUAUUUCGCGGACCAAGGCAGCGAAGCCGACAGCGGCGGCGAAUGGCGGCGAGAGUUGAAAAAAGUUGCCGCGCUGAGCAGACAAAUGUGAAGUGGAGGAAAAGCAGAGCUGUCUAGACACGCGCCUCGCGACCGCGAGAGAGCGUUGCGUUUGUUUCCGUUUUUCAUUUUCUUGACAACUGUGGUGAGCACACUCUUGGCGUAACGCUCUGUCGCUGCAUGUCGCGAGCGUUCUUCAGUAUAUCCGGAAACGUCGACUACGGCGAAGUGAGGCGAAUCGAAAUCUCCGCCACUGAGGGUGGAUCGGCCAUGUCCGCUGUCCGCCAUGCAGAUAGGUAGACCGAAGCACUCUGGACGGACUGACGUUAGGAAGGAGACUGUCGAAGUGAAGAUCACAUUAGUUGUAUAGCUGGCAUGCACUUGAUGAUUCAGCAAUCUCUCGAUGCCGAACUACUUCAUCCCAACUUCCCGCUGCUGGCAACGGCGAAACUAUGUCUCCUUCUCUUCUCCUACGAUGUCUCUGUCUACGCACACAAACGUCUCUAUCUCUCUGCUGCGUUCUGACUCGGAAUGUGACCUGUAGCUCGCGGCGUCUCUCUAUCGCUGGUUUGUCUGCCUCUCUAGCGCUCUUAUCGCUCCCGCUCUCCACCGCUCUGUAGUUCCGUGCUUCGGUAGAUCUCCA